ACUUAACUCAAGUUGGGUUUGGCAAAAUCGCCCAUUUCUGUAUCUGCUUCGGAGCUUCCGAAGAUUAUAUAAAAAAAAAGUCUUAAGAGAAAACGGUGUUCCUCUGUCACCUAUUGAUCUUUUGUCCCUCUCAUGGGCUCUAUAUACUCUGUAUAUCACAUUCUUCUUCAUCUUCUUCAUCUUCUUCUUCUUCUUUGACAUAGAAGUUGAAAAAUAUCAUAUCUUUCAUUCCCUUUCCUUCCGUCCAUAUAUAUUUUGUUUUUCUCGUUGUUUAUUUCGUUUUGGGUAGUGGGUGUAAAUGGCCAAUGCAUCUGGGUUCUUUACUCCCUCAGUUCCCAGCUUGAGAAGGAGGAUUCAACCUUCGAUAGCGAUUUACCGAUCUGGGCUUUGCUCCCCUGAGGGAUUCUCCAAGAGGGUAAUCUGCUCCGGCACCAUUCAUGGCGAAGAGAAGCUUUCUUCUGGUGCUUCCCCUUCUGAAUCUCGGAUACCCAGGCUGGUCAGCAAAGGCUGCAAAUUGGUUGGUUGUGGCUCAGCAACACCCACUCUGAAGGUUUCCAACGAUGAUCUUGCAAAAGUUGUUGAUACUUCUGAUGAAUGGAUAUCUGUUCGAACUGGGAUUCGUAAUCGACGAGUUCUUUCAGGCAAAGAUAGCUUGACGGCUUUAGCGGUAGAGGCAUCAAGGAAAGCUCUUGAGAUGGCGCAGGUUGAUCCUGAUGAUGUGGACCUAGUCUUGAUGUGCACAUCAACACCCGAGGAUCUUUUUGGUAGUGCUCCUCAGAUCCAAAAAGCACUUGGCUGCAAAAGAAAUCCUUUGGCUUAUGAUAUUACAGCUGCAUGUAGCGGAUUUGUGUUGGGUCUAGUAUCGGCUGCUUGUCACAUUAGGGGAGGCGGAUUUCAAAAUGUUCUGGUUAUUGGAGCUGAUGCCCUUUCUCGAUAUGUUGAUUGGACGGAUAGAGGUACUUGUAUUCUCUUUGGAGAUGCUGCUGGUGCUGUGUUAGUGCAGGCCUGUGACAGUGAAGAAGAUGGUUUAUUUGGUUUUGACCUGCAUAGUGAUGGUGAUGGCCAAAGACAUCUAAAUGCCAGCAUCAAAGAAAAUGAAGCAGAUAAUGCGUUAGGAUCAAAUGGUUCAGUGUUAGGCUUCCCUCCAAGGCGCUCCUCAUAUUCCUGUAUUCAAAUGAAUGGCAAAGAGGUCUUUCGAUUUGCUGCACGAUGUGUGCCACAGUCAAUUGAGUCAGCCCUUGGAAAGGCUGGCCUCCAUGGAUCAAGCAUUGAUUGGUUACUGCUUCAUCAGGCAAACCAGAGGAUCAUUGAUGCUGUUGCUGCACGUUUACAAGUCCCACCAGAACGGGUCAUAUCAAAUUUGGCGAACUAUGGCAACACAAGUGCUGCUUCCAUUCCAUUAGCAUUGGAUGAAGCUGUCCGAAGUGGGAAGGUCAAGGCAGGCCAUACCAUAGCUGCCGCCGGCUUCGGAGCGGGUCUUACAUGGGGUUCUGCCAUUAUCAGAUGGGGAUAAACCUCCAUUUUCCAGCCCAAUCACCCUACUAACACAAGAGAAAAUAUUUUGAGUAUGAGGUGUAGUUCUCCAAUUCCUUAUGUGCUGCUCUCCAUUUACUUUCCCCAAAAAAAAAAGCAGGCAUAUUCUCCAUAAGCCCCUUUUUGUUUGUUUGGCUUUUGAUACGUUUUAGCUUUUGCAAACUCAAUAAAUUUUAUUCUUUUCGACAGUCCA